GAAGGAGUUGUUUCCACGUAUAUCAGUCAGUUUGGGGACCACGAACGAAUUGACAUCAAGAUGAAGUACAGUCUUCUUUUGCUGCUUGUUUUUGGCUUUGUUGCCUUCACCUCUGCUGCUCCUGCCAAUGAAGAGGAGAACCAAGACGAGCCUGAUCAAAAGGACAACGAUGAAGAAGAUCCUGAGGAAUCCAAAAAUGAUGUGGCCAAAGUUGAAAACGACGAGGAUGAAAAUUCCCUGAGUGAAGAAUCCGAAAAUGAAAUGGGCGAAGCUGAGAAAGAUGASGCAGAAAAACCACGAAGAGAUCCAAUUUUUUGGCGUCGUCGUCGUCGUCGUUAUCACUGCUACAGACGCUGUUACUGGGCUAGAUGCCGACGUUGUCGUCGUAAAUGCCGUCAUUAUAAAUAUGGAUUCCAUUGCUGCACUUAUUGUCGUUAUUAUAGAUGCAGACGUUGCCGCCGUAUAUGCCGCCGCGGAUAAAGGGCGUGACUGAUUUUACGGAAAGAUGCCACCCAAAAAAAAGACAUCGAGACGUGAUAACAUAUAUUMGGGCUUAAAAAAUAAAACGCUUCAGCUAAAACAACACAAGACUAAAGACCAACUCCAUUAUUGGAUUUUCGUUGCUUAUUUUCUUUAGCAAUCGUUACGGGAAAAAAGUAACGAUGUGGACAGGGGUUAAAACACAUCUAGCUUGGUAAGGGGUUUCCUUUAUUUGAAAUGAGUAGUUUGUAAACCAUUUAAUACUAAAGACAAGUAUGGCAUUAUUGUAAUUAACAAGCUGUAGUAAAUUUCGGAAAUAAAGCAUUUGAAAAUCAAACAA